AUGCUCACGAUGGCUUCGGUCUUAGCAGGAACGAUCCCUUGGCAUGAUGGCGAAGAGAAAAUGCACCGAUUACUGCGGGUUCCUGAUAUGGACAACCCGGCAGUUCCAUAUCUCAGUGCCAACGGAGGCUACUUCUUAACGAAGGCUCCUCUGCUAGCAGUGGGCACAAUCGACGCUCAAGGGCGACCGUGGACCUCUCUUUGGGGUGGAAAAGAGGGUUUCGCUGCGCCGAUUGCUGAAUCGAUGAUCGGACUCAGGACCCAGGUGGACAGCACGUACGACCCAGUCGUCAAAGAAUUGCUGGGAAGCCAGGCUAUCGAUAAUACCGGGGCCCCGCUACAAUCUCCGGGAAACAUGAUCUCAGGACUUGCGAUCCACUUGGAGCAUCGCCGACGUUGGAAGCUCUUCGGUAGAAUGGUAGCGGGAUCACUGGAUGGAGAUCAGGGGCAGGCACAACUGGUUGUCAAGAUCGAAGAAAGCCUUGGGAAUUGUCCCAAAUACCUUAACAAAAAGCAUAUCGUAUCUGUGCGGCCAAACCCAACGCUAAUAUCCGACUUGCCUCAGCUUCCUGCACCGGCGAUCGAACUGCUGUCCCGCGCAGACACCAUAUUUGUAUCCUCGAGACACGGCACAUCUGAUAUGGACACCAAUAUUCGCGGCGGCCCUCCCGGAUUUGUUCGUGUCGAGUCUAACGAUGCAAAUGCAGUUCUUGUGUAUCCUGAAUACUCGGGCAAUCGUCUCUAUCAGACUUUGGGAAACUUGCAGACCACACCUCUGGCCGGUUACGUGUUUCCGGAUUUUGAGACUGGAAACGUUCUUUAUGUCACAGGACACACGGAAAUACUGGUUGGCCAAGCUGCCGCUGCCAUUCUUCCCCGGUCAAAUCUAGCAGUCCGCGUCACCGUCACCGCAGCAUUCUUCGUGGAAAAAGGGCUGGCCUUUCGCGGCGAAGCCGGGGAACCCUCUCCGUACAAUCCUGCCGUCCGAUACUUGACGACAGAGAAAAGCAUACCCACCGAGGGAGAGAGAGAUGCAGAGAUGACCGCAACACUGAUCAACAAAGAGAAAAUAACACCCAACAUCUACCGAUUCCGGUUUCGCUACAGCAGUCCCAGGCCAAUCUCCUGGACUCCGGGUCAAUAUGCGACACUUUCAUUCCAGGACGAGUUGGACAUGGGGUACAGCCACAUGCGCGACGACGAUCCGGCAAGCUUGAACGACGACUACGUCCGCACAUUUACUGUAUCAUCAUAUCCAGGCCGUGAACUGCCCGCAAAUGAAUUCGAAAUGACGAUCCGCCGCCACGGAAACGUCACGAACCAUCUAUUCCGCAUCAACGAGCGAGCGGGUCUUGAAGUCCCACUGAAAGGAUUCGGUGGAAGUUUCCAAGUAUCGACGGACAACGGAUCCAUCGUGCCAUUCGUUGCAGGUGGCAUUGGAAUCACACCUCUCCUCGCACAGCUCCCCGCCCUAAAUCUUCCUCUCGUACGACUAUUCUGGUCGGUCUCAAUUGCUGAUAUAGGCUUGGUGCACGAUACUUUCCAACGUUGGCCCGAGUUAUCCAGAUCCACCGUAGUCUUCGUCACGGGCCUGGACCCCGACAGGCUCCAUCAAAUAAAGUUGGACGCAAUUCAUCUAUCUGGAGCACGGGUUGUGCGACGGAGAAUGCAGGCGGGGGACUUGGAUCCGUUGCUAGCUGAAACGUGGUAUCUGUGCGCCGGAGACGCGUUGAAAAGGAUGGUGCUGGGGUUGCUGACAGGGAAGCGGGUGGUCUAUGAAGAUUUUAACUAUUAA